GGUUCUGCCAUAGUGUUGCUUCUGCAAGGAAUAUGUUGUUGUACUUGGUGUUCAUGCAGGUUGAAUUCUCAGCAAAUAUCGACUGGCUUAUUUAAGGUACUUCCACGUAGCCAGGAAUGUAUACAUAUCGCACGUAGAUAUAAAGUUUUUCAGAUACACUUGAGAAGGUACAUGGUCUAAUAGGAAGAGGAUUUCCAAGUGAUUUUUGGCAGGAAAUGGCAAUUUUUCAGCCAUUAAGAUUUUUUCAGGUCAACAUAAACAUUCCCAAGAGACUUUGUUCCUUACAAAGGAGAACCUGCCAGCAUUAAAUUUCCAAUUGGACUUGUUGAGUGUAGAAUUGUCAGAAAAAACCAUAACUGAAAAUUUCCCUGGUCAAAACCAAUGAUGGUGAAAUUUGAGUAAGUGGGCCUCUUGCAUUGCAAUGAAAGUCACCAUCAGAUUUGGGUCAUUCUGCUGAUAGCAAAGAUCUUACAUGAAAAUGCUAAUUACUGUUCCAAAAGGCUGGACAUGUGUAAAUGGCUUUGUACAACCUCCUUGAAGAGAUUCAGAGAGAGAAAACGGAACGGAUUCGAAAGGCAGAAGAAAAUUUCCACUUUGGAAGCAAGAUAAACGUAACGUCAAGAUUACCGCGUAAGGUUACAAGUGAAAAACGCAAGGCCAAGAGUGAACUGAGAAUAUUUUGUUCACUUCAGAAUGCUAGAGAUAGUAACAAAGAGACAAAAAGGCUUAAGAAGUUAUCAGCGUGGAACUGGAUAAAUUUGAAGAAUAUUUUAUUUCUUCACUCUCGUGCAAGACUUGACGUCUUAUUUAAUAUACCUUAUGAUACUGUCACCAAGCCUCUGAAACUUGCACUGACUUUGAUACUUUAUUUAUUUAGUAGUAUCUUAAUAUUUGAAAAUAAAGGAAAAUAUUACAGCUGUUUGCUUCAUGUUUUCAAUUUCAAAACCAGGGGAGAGACGAAAGAGCAAUUUCAACCCCCAAAAAAGUGGUCAGAAAAUCGGGGGUCGAUCCGCCACCGUCCCCCACCACACCCACCUCUUAUAGACAGUUUUUAAAUCUGUAUAAAAGUUGUCUACUUUGUGGUAGUAACAUUAAUUUUCAACGUCUGUCUUAAAACACAUGCGUAUUACAGGAUGAUGAUGAUACCACAA